GCCGUCAAAAACGAGAGCAGAAUCAUCGUCAUGAUUGUACCGGAAACAGAACUCCGUAGAUACAUGCUCAGGGCCGCCGCACUGGGCAUGACAGGAGGUGAUUAUCAGUUUGUGUUCCUAAAAACCACACUUCCGUCGAAAAGUGACAUUGACAAUUUAGCGAGUACAUGGAUGUGGGAGAGAGGGGACGGUUACGACGCUGAGGCGAAACAAGCCUUCAGAAAUGUCUUAUAUGUGAUCUUUGGAAAUACACAUGAAGAUAUUGGAGCUUGGCAUCAGAUAGCAAAGGAGGCUUCGGCGAGAGUGUAUCCCCCCGGCUCCAGCAACAUGCCUGUCUUAUCAGAGCCAGAUAAAUAUUCGAUCUAUCUACACGACGCCAUCUUGCUUUACGCCAAAGUAUUAAACACAACUUACAUACCGACGCCUACCCGUCCACUCAGCGGCGCGGACAUCGCAAAAACUACUCACACCAUUUCAUUUCAAGGUCUGUCUGGUUUGGUGUUGAUGUCCGUUCACGCUGACCGCUACCCAGGGGUGGCAAUCUUCGAUCUUCUUGAAAACAACACUUUCGCGGAAGUCGCUCAUCUUCAAUACGACUUACUCAAUGGCAAGCCUCAUUCGGAUUCCCAUGUAGGAAUUAUCCGGUGGGGAGAUGGCAGAACUAGCGAUGAAUAUGUCCCGCCCGAUGUUCCCGUCUGUGGCUUCCACGGGGAGCUUUGUAUCCAGGAGUCAGGAACACAAGUGGAACUGUAUGUCGGAUUGUCAGUCGGUAUGGUGGGACUUCUCUUCGUACUUCUGCUUAUUUUCAGGUUCUGGCGACGUGAGAGGGAACUAAAUAACAUGGGCUGGAAGAUUCCUUUCCAUGCUCUGGAUUUCGAGGUUGGCAGAAGGAAUCGAUCUUUAAUGAACAUGUCGGUUCACAUGACCAAGAGUACCAAGAGUUUAGGAACGGACAGACAAACAGAGUACACGUACGGUCAGACGACUAUGACCGACUCUUUCUCAGAGGCCAUACAAAAACAGGAGCACAGCUCUGUAGCAAUAGCCAAGUUUAAGCGGUCAGUAGUAGCGGUCAAACAUAUCAGGAAAAAGAAGGUCACCACUACAGACCGAGCAUUCCUCAAAGAAAUGAAAAUGCUGAUGGAUCUGAAGCACAACAAUCUGACAACGUUGCGGGGGGUCUGUACCGAUCCUGGUCAUAUCUGCGUUUUGUGGGAAUACUGCGGUAAAGGCAGUCUAAAGGAUAUCCUUGCUAAUGAUGAUAUAAAAUUAGACACAAUGUUCAAAUUAUCAUUGGCAGUUGACAUCUGUAAGGGACUCGAAUAUAUUCACCGAUCAGACCUCAAGUUCCAUGGUGGACUUCAGAGUUCCACGUGCGUAGUGGACAGUAGAUGGACAUGUAAACUGACCGAUUUCGGACCACGCUAUCUCAUGAAUGGUGUUGAGGCAGACCCUACAGAGGAAAAUCGAUUCAAGGCGUUAUUUUGGACGGCCCCAGAAUUUCUGAAGAAAGCCCUAAAUAAAAGGAUGAGGCUUGGUUCACAAUCCGGAGACAUUUACAGCUUUGGGGUGAUCGCUAUGGAGAUAGUGACCAGAGAGCUGCCGUACCAGUCUUCAGACUUCACGGCAGACGAAAUAAUCCGGAAUAUUUUGAUACCCAAGGAUGGUUUGUAUUAUCGACCAAAAUUUACGUCACUCACUGACAACUUUCCGGAAGCUGAACAUAUCGGAGGGAUACAGAAACUGGUGGAGAGGUGCUGGAACGAGGAUCCGUCACUCCGGCCGACAGCUAAAACGGUCCUCAAAGUUCUGAACAAGAUCAAUCCAUACAAGAAAUCUAAUGUGAUCGAGAAUAUGAUGACGAUGAUGGAGAAGUAUUCUAAUCAGUUAGAGGACCUUGUUGACGAGAGGACGGCCCAGCUGGAGGAGGAAAAACGCAAAACGGAGUCUCUCCUCUACAGGAUGUUACCAAGGAAGAUAGCUGAACAGUUAAGGAUAGGAAUGUCUGUCCAGGCUGAGGCCUUUGAGACGGUGACAAUUUAUUUCUCGGAUAUCGUUGGUUUUACUUCCAUAGCUGCUGCUAGUACACCAUUACAGAUCGUGGAUCUACUUAACGCUCUUUAUACAGUAUUUGAUGACACGAUCAAACAUUUCGAUGUUUACAAGGUUGAGACCAUUGGAGAUGCCUAUAUGAUUGUCAGUGGACUUCCAGAGAAAAAUGGGAACAAACACGUUACAGAGAUGGCUUCUGUCUCAAUAGCUCUUUUGAAUGAAGUCAGGAAAUUUCAGAUUCCACACAAACCUAACGUCCACCUAGAAAUUCGCAUCGGCCUGCACAGCGGUCCAGUGGUGGCUGGAGUGGUUGGCCUUACCAUGCCUCGGUACUGUUUGUUCGGAGACACGGUCAAUACCGCUUCUAGAAUGGAAUCAAACGGUCAAGCCUUGAAAAUACACAUGAGUGAUGCUACCUAUACCUUACUAAAGGAGGCUAGAAAGUUCAAGAUAUCUGAAAGAGGAGAAAUGGAAAUCAAGGGUAAAGGUAGGAUGGUGACGUAUUGGUUGGAAGGGUUUGAAAGUGAAGAAGAUUUCUACAUGCUGACGAGGAAGGCAACAUCUAUCGAUAUCGAACUUCAGUCAGCGUCUACCCUAGAUCUUAGUCACGCAAAUAUCAGCCCGGAGGCUAACAGAGAACAAAACAAUUCCAGGCCAUUUAAAAUGCCGCAGUUGCCAUCAGCUUUUGAUAUCCAAAAACAGAACACAGCUGCUUCUGAUAUUUUUGAUCCUGCGGACGAUUUUGACAUGGAAGAGUAUCCGCGUUGA